CACGUCAUUACUAUAGAUGAUUUUUUAUCAAAUAACAUACACAAAAAUGCUUUAAAAAAUAUAUAUAUACAACACUGCUAGGUUCCUGGCGUUUUGUGGAUGUAGCAUCAUCCCAUAUUCAAGAGCACUGGGUCAGCGGUCAUGUGGUGGUAUUUUGGUAAUAUUCCUUCUUGUCCCUAAACAGAACACCCACUAAAACCAUAUAUACAGGUUGAUUCUCGAUUGAACCGAUAGCUUUCUUAUCCAUUGUAUCUCGAACGCACACAUGGAAGAGGAAACACAGCCUUUAAAAUGGGAAGGAAAAACCUCUGCACAACUCCCCACCGCAAGAGCACAUGAAGUAUGGCCUUUCUUGGAGGACUUCUGCAACCUACACAAGUGCUUUCGUAUUGAUACGUGUUACCAUGUUGAUGGGAUCCCUGGCCAGCCUGGCCUGAUCCGCUACUGCGCCUCCACAGUACCAUCAUCAUCAGGCGGCCAAGAGGGAUCGGUGAUCACCAUGUGGGCCAAAGAGAAGCUGCUGCUGAUUGAUCCCAUCAAACGGUGUUUGAGCUAUGAAGUUAUUGAUAAUAACAUCGGCUUCAAGUCAUACGUCGCGACGAUGAGAGUAUUGCCAAUCCACGAUGAUGAAGGCGAACGUGGGUGCAAGAUCGAGUGGUCAUUCCUGUGUGAUCCGAUCCAAGGGCAGGGAUUUGAAGAGUUUAGCUCUUUUAUCGAGUCUAGUCUUCAGUUUAUGGUAAAGAAGAUUGAAGAUGCCCUCCUACCCGCAACCUGAAAUAUGGCUUUAGAUGUAUGGUAUUUAUAAUAUUAUUUCUCGAUUUCCUGCUGUGCUUUUGUUCUUAAGUUUUAACAUUUGGAAAUAAAGAACGUACAUCAUGCACCCUGA